AAAAUGUUGUAUAAUGAAAUUGGCGGUGAUAACAGGAAUGAAUUUGUUGGAUACAGGAUAUUGUACUAUAUUUUCACCAAGAAUACACUAGAUAUAAUGACCAUGAUGAAAUCGUUCACUGCCGAUGAGAAGACCCACCCUUGCAUAGCGUUCUCGUUAAAGGUGCGCUCCGCAUGGGCGUUGGGCAACUUCCAUAAGUUUUUCACGUUGUAUCGCGAAGCCCCGUUGAUGGCCGGCUUCCUCAUGGACUGGUUCAUCGACAGGGAGCGCAAAGCGUACUUAAAGUGUAUUAUCAAAAGCUACCGUCAGCACGUAUCUUCGGAUUUCGUGGCGCAAGAGUUGGCGUUUCAUUCUACCCAGGAGUGUCUAGACUACCUCGAGCCGUUUUCGUUGCCGUUCGCCGACAUUGCAAGGACGCUCAUUGAUUGCAAAGGCAGCAUGGCUGCCCUUCCAAACAUAUGAACAAGUCGAUUCUCUCUCCCUAUUAUAAGUUUAUAUAUCUAUGUAUAUAGCAAUUUUGGCUGUGCGUAUGUCUGUUGGAGAUACUCAAGACAGUCUGAGGAGGGACGAAUUUCUUCUAUGGUAGCUGUGUCUUCGUUGCUGUCGGAGUUUUCCAAGAUCUGAGGGUCGUACUUACCUUCAAGUGAUAGCAGUUUCUUAUUGAUGUCAGUUGGAGAUUUCAAAGAUUUAAGGGUCGUAUCUACCUUGUAUGCUGCUUUCAUUACUAUGUGAUGGCGUGAUUUUUUCCACCCUAUGGGUUAUCGAUUUUUCCAAGGAGUAUGAGCUGUUUAUUGGAUAGAAGCAGAGGAAGCCGGAUCUGUAAGCUGUUGAAUUAUCGAGAUUUUUCAUUGUCUGUUGUUAUAUUAUUAUGCUGAUACUAUUAUGUAUGGAUUUUUUAUACUUAUGAUUUUCAGUAGAUUGAUUUAAGUCAAUAAAUUUAUCUUUUUUAA